CUCAGCCAAAGGGGAGGGAUCCAUAGCAGAAGAGGCAGUGAGCGACAAGGCAGACACACAUAUCCUGUGGGUCCCAGGUGGAACAAGAGAUAGAAAGACUAGUUGACAAGGAGACUGGGGUGAAGACACAAGAGGGGCACUUGGUACAAGACCAAGGGAAACCUUAGGACAAAAAGGCAGAAGAGGGCAGAAAGAAAAAGACAAUAGGAGGGAGAGAAACUGGAGGGAGAAAAAAAAGCUACAGAAAGUGAAGAGAGAUAAAGUGGGCUUCAUCCCUGCAGUGCAGUGUAUAAAAGUGGUCCUGGACACUGGGGGAAACCACCUGAGCCUGUAAUGUUUUUUCUGACACUUGUACUCCUGGCCUUUGGAUCUGGACAGACACAGGAAGGGACAGAGCCUGUCCUGUUGGAAGGAGAGUGCCUUGUGGUAUGUGAACCUGGCAGGGCAACCACAGCAGGUCCAGGUGGAGCGGCCCUGGGAGAGGCUCCCCCAGGGAAGGUGGCCUUUGCUGCUGUUCGCAGCCACCAUCAUGAACCAGCUGGAGAAACGGGCAACGGGACCAGUGGUGCCAUCUAUUUUGACCAGGUCUUGGUGAAUGAAGGCAAUGGCUUUGACCGAGCCUCAGGCUCCUUUAUUGCCCCGGUUCGGGGUGUUUAUAGCUUCCGGUUCCAUGUGGUCAAGGUGUACAACCGCCAAACAGUCCAGGUAAGCCUGAUGCUGAAUACAUGGCCUGUGAUCUCAGCUUUUGCCAAUGACCCUGAUGUGACCCGAGAGGCAGCCACUAGUGCUGUGCUCUUGCCCCUGGACCCUGGGGACCGAGUGUCCCUGCGUCUGCGCCGGGGGAACCUACUUGGUGGUUGGAAGUUCUCCAGCUUCUCUGGCUUUCUGAUCUUUCCUCUCUGAGAAAAAGUGCCAUCCUCUCCUCUUACUAUCCUCCCUACAACCACCAUCCCUUCAUUUCACCCUUCUCUUGGAAUUCAGGAAUGUCAAGGGACUUUCUUCACAGGGAGGGACUUGAACCAGCCCUGGGUUUCCAAUUUUCAAUCAACACCUGCUGUACUAUUCCUAAAGCAGGGAGUAUGACCAUAUUUUCUAUACCCCCAAAUCAUACAUGUAAAUAUGGUCUGAGUAACUUAUCCUUUAGAUAAGUGCUAAUAAAAGGGCAUUUUCUUUUCCCCAAAAACGUUCAUCAUACUAAAAAUACAGGAUAUAUGGAUAUCCUAGUCCUCUGCAUGGGCACAAGUGCCAAACCCUCCAUAACAAAUAAAUGAGUGGACUGCA